AAAUAAACUUGAUCAACUUAACCAUUCAUUAUAAAAGUUAAGUGAGAAAGAGAUAAAUUGUAAUUGAUUCUUAACGAGUCUUCGAUAUGUCCAAAUGAAACUUGAACUCGAUUUCUUAUCAUCUCGAAACUGAACAAAAAUUAUUCAUUUCUACAAAUGUUAAAGGUAAACAAAUGAGAAACUCGAUAAACUUUUAUUUUCGUUCCUUAGCAAUAAAACAUUGAACAUUUUUCGAAUCAAUUGUACAAAUGUUUUAUCGUCUCUUGAAAUGUUUACAAUGAAUCUUUUACUAUCGAGUUAAGUGUUGUUAUUGUUUCUUUUUUUUUCUACAAAUUCUAAAUUGUGAUAAGUAUUUUCGAACAGUUCGAACAAUGUUCAACUACGUUUGUGAUAAGAAAUUUUUUCCACUUUACUUGAGAUUUUAUUCCCUUCCAAAUCAACUGGUACUCAUUUUAAUGAUCACCAAUCGAUUGACCGUUACUCAAGGAUUGUUUUCCUCGCCAACCUUGACCACACCAUCACCAUUGGUGACUGGAAAUAAGAUUGGGACAAAAGUAUUGACCACAAGUCCAUUGACAGUUUCAACAAGCACCAAAAAGCCAGUGAAUACUUUGUCUCAUCAUUCUGGAGAUUCAGAUUCAAGACAUUUACCCCGAGGCUGGUUUGGUGCAAUUCCCGAUGAUGAUGGUGGACAAUUAAAGAGUAAAAAUGACAAUACCGGCGAUGAAAGUGUUCAAAUAGAUCCUGAGGAUAAGUUACAUGGAAAUAAUUUGGAAGCCAAUGUUCAAUCUAAUUCUGAUGUUACCAAAGAUUCACCGGUCUUAUCGGUUCCCUUAAAUUAUCCCGAUCAAGAACCAAGAAUAGUUUCAUCCCCUGGUGAUUCAGGUGAUUCGUUUAAUGACAUUUAUCAUGGAUCAUCAACAUCUACUUUUCCUUCAAUAUUAUCAGUUGUAUCUUCAUCAACCACUCCGAUUUCAUCAGCUCCAUCAUCAAGAAUAACAACAACUCCACCAUCAUUAUCAACUUUCACUCCAUCAUCACCCACUUCAACUGUCAACUUGCUUCCUCUAAACAAUCAAAAUAUUCAAGUUACAAAUAAUUCUGACAAUUCAGAGUCUACAAUUAAGGAAUCCAUUGAAGAUGAAAUUAAUCAAAUUAUCGAUGAGGUAAAAAAGAUGGAGGCUCAAGAUGAAGUUGCUGGUGUUAGUGUGGGAGUUGAUGAAGGAGGAAAAGGUUUACAGCCAAGUGAAAGAGGAGGAAACGGAAACAACAACAACAACAACAAUAAUCAUGAUAAUCAGAAACAUUAUUGUGAAUGUAAAAAUGAGACAACUCAUAGUUGGGAUCGUAUUGAAGUUACCUGUAGCUGUAUCGGUGAAACAAUCAUCAGAAUACCUGGAAAUAUGACAAAAGGAGUUGCCAAACUGUCAAUGCUAUCAACAGGAAUUCGCGUGAUAACAGCAAAUGCCUUUCAAAUGUAUUCGACUUCACUUCAAGAUUUAUAUUUUGAAUCUAACAAGAAACUUGAACGAAUUGAGCCUGAAGCUUUCAAGAACCUUCAUCUACUUAGAACAGUGUACAUAAAACAAGCGCCUUUGUUGAGAUUCAUUCCAGAAGGAGUUUUCUAUGGAAAUUUCCCCAAAUUCAGGGUUCUGAAAAUUAUACAUUCUGGUUUAGAGGUUUUACCAUCCAUGACACAUUUCGUAACCAAAGGAAUCAUCUCAAUAUUAGAUUUUGACAGCAAUCGACUGAAAAAUAUAACAAUUGCUUCAAUCAAAGUUAAGGCUAGUUCGAUGAUCCUUGAUUACAAUCAAAUUGAACGAGUUCAUAGUUUAGCUUUCGCUGGAUCUCACAUAGCAAAAUUAAGCCUAAAAGGUAAUCGAAAACUGGUUGAAAUAGACGACGAAGCUUUCGUUGGACUGAAAAACUUAGGGAAAUUAGACUUGUCUGAAACAAGUAUAACUCGUUUACCUACAAAAGGAUUAGAGGAAGUGGAAGUUAUCAAAAUCGUAGAUACAUUUACACUUAAAGUAUUUCCAUCGGUUUUUAAUUUCAAGAAUCUGAAAGAAGCUCAGCUCACUUAUCCAUAUCAUUGUUGUGCAUUCAAAUUCCCUGCCACUCAUGAUCCAAAAGAAUUUGCCUCAAGAGCCUACGAAGGACGAAGAUAUUGUCGCCAAGGGGCAAGUAACAAUAAGAUUUCACCAGGGAAUAUAAAAUUAUCACCAUUAGUGACUACAUUGUCUCCACCGUCAUUGGACUUUGAUAGUCAUUACCAUCCUAAUCCUAAUCCUAAUCAUCUGAGUCAAUAUUUACACCAAAAGGUAAACAGUUAUGAAACAAUUAGUGACAAUCAAUUUGAACACCAAAAGCAUAAAGUUAAUCACAGGGAUAACAAAAAUCCGUAUCCAUAUAACCAUGAUCACUAUCAAUCAAACCAGUAUCCAACAUUUCAUCAUGUGCCUCAAUCUGAUCAGAAUGCUCCCUAUUGGCAGUAUAUUGGUGAUAGAAUUACACAUUUCACUCGACGAUUAAAUUCAUUUCUAAGUGAUUACAGUUUUAUCGAAUCAAUGAAUUCCCUUGAUCCUAUUGAUUCCUCGUCUCAUUUAAACUCCUUAACAACUCCUCAUCACUCUAAAAUAUCAUCAUCACCAUUAUCAUCUUCAUCUUUUGAUUCUCCUUCAGUUGCUCUAGGUGAUGAUAAUGAGCACCCUGAGUAUUAUACUAACGAUAAUAAUAAUGACAAUCCAAUAAGAGUUAACUCUGAUCAGACCAAUUGGUUUAACAUUUCACCAUUUUCCUACCAAAGUAACGGUUUCUUAUCAUCACCAUCAUCAACAACAACAAGACCAACAUCAUCUUUACACUUUUCUACUCCCUCAUCAUUUGGUGAAUUUAUUACCUCCCAGACAAAUUCCUUUGAUUCAAAUAUUUUUGGUAAAAUUAUCGCUAAUCCAUCCGAUUCUGUGAAAAAUUCAUCUUCACUUGAUAUACUUGAAGAUGCUCUCAAUCCCAAUCCCGGAUUUGGUCAAGUUCAACCUCCUAUUCUUGAACUUUCACCAUCAUUGGUACCACAUUCAAUAGAUAAAUCUAAACAUGGAGAUGAUGAAGAUAUCCUUGGACAAUUUCAUCCAACAACGGCUUCAGUAAUACCACCAAUUCAUGCUCUUUGUGGUGAAUAUGCUCAAAUUUUUCGUGAUAUAAAAUGUUCACCAGAACCUGAUGCAUUUAACCCAUGUGAGGAUGUCAUGGGCAAUCUACCUCUUCGUAUUGCCGAUUGGAUUAUCUCGGUAGCUGCAGUUCUCGGUAAUUUAGCAGUUAUGAUCGUACUCAUGUCAGGUCGUUUUACAAUGUCCGUCUCAAAGUUUCUCAUGUGUAACUUGGCUUUCGCUGAUUUUUGUAUGGGUGUUUAUCUUUUAAUCAUUGCUGUAAUCGAUCUACACACAAUCGGUGUUUACUUUAAUUACGCCAUCGAUUGGCAACACGGUCUAGGCUGUAAAAUAACGGGAUUCAUAACGGUAUUUGCAAGUGAAUUAUCAAUCAUUACCUUAACUGUAAUUACCCUUGAACGUUGGUAUGCAAUUACUUACGCUAUUCAUUUAAAUCGCCGACUUAAACUUGGCCUUGCAGUUAAAGUAAUGAUCGGUGGGUGGAUAUAUGCAAUCAUCAUGGCAUCACUUCCCCUGUUUGGUGUUUCCGGUUAUUCAAAGACUUCAAUAUGUCUCCCAAUGGAAAACAAAGAUAUCGUUGACAUUGUCUAUCUAACCUUAUUAUUGACAAUCAAUGCUCUUGCCUUUGUGCUUAUAUCUGCAUGCUAUGGAAAGAUGUAUCUUGCAAUUGUAUCACAAAGAUCACGAAUUGCCACAAGUGAUAAAACUGUGGCCAAGCGAAUGGCCUUACUCGUGUUCACUGAUUUCGCCUGUUGGGCUCCUAUCGCUUUCUUUGGACUGACCGCUGUGGCUGGUUAUCCAUUGAUUAAUCUGACCAAUUCAAAGAUAUUAUUAGUUUUCUUUUAUCCUCUCAACUCAUGUGCUAAUCCUUUUCUUUAUGCAAUUUUAACCAAACAAUAUCGACGAGAUUUUUUCAUCCUCGCCUCACGUUAUGGUUUUUGUACUAAAAAAGCAGCUCGAUACAAGGGAACCUCAGCUAAUUGUAAACACCACCGAAAACCAUCAAUUAAAUCAAGAAAAGGAAUUCCUAAAUGUGGUCAGGUAAUUUAUGAUCCUCGUAAUGAUCGUUACAGUCGAUAUCGAAGUAGAAAUUGUGUCCAUCAAAAUUGUUCCUCGGAAGAAAAUUCUGGCCGUUCAGUGAUCUAUUCAGCGAUUGACUUUUAUCCUGAUUCCUCAGUUUCCGGUGAUUCGUCUCAUGAAAUAUUGAAAAUGGGACAUUUUAUUUGUGAUCAUCAUCAUACAUGUUCACAUAAUAAAAAGAAACAUAAAAAAUGUCAGAAUCACUAUCCGCAAAUUUAUUCUGAUGAUGAAAGUAACUCAUCAAUAUCGGCUAAUAAGAAAAGUCCAUUGGUCAUUCGAAAUGGUAAAGAGCUUCGUCGAUUACCAAGUUGUGAACGUGAUGAGAUAUUGAAAAAAGUUAUUACCGAAGGUCAAACAAAUCCAAGUCGAACUGUUUGCUCGGGAAUUUGGACAACUUCGACUUCUUGUUCAUCAAUCCAUAAAUCGCAUAAAAAUUGCACCUCAUGGAUUCAGCGUGAUAGCUCAUCGGGAGAAAAAAGUAGCGGCGGCGGCGGCGGCGGUGGAAAUUCAAACAACACCAAUGGUACAAAUAAUGGAGCCGAUGCAAUUCAGACAACAACAGCUAUCGACUCAGAUACUAAAUCAACUUGCUGUAAACACUGUAAACAAAUUACAAUUGAAAACGGUAGUUACAUAAUUAGCAGCCAUUCAAAUAGCGCUGCCGAUGAUACAGAAAUUUAAAAUCAAUCAAAAUCCAUUCCAACAAUCAAUUGGAAUAAACAAAAACAAUAACAAUCCAAUUAAUAGAAAUGCAAAUUGUAUCUUUUAAUUUGGUAUUUAACUUGAAGUGUAAAUUUAACAAUUAAUUUAAUAUUGUGUUCCAAUAAUAAUAAUAAUAAUAAUAAUAAUAACAGUCAACAAUGUUUUUCCAUCAUUAAUAAUAAUUUUAUCGC